CGACGUUUUCAUAUAAAAAUAUUAAUGUAAUAAUUAGCAGUUUGUGUAAAAUGUUUAUGCCACAACUUUCUAAAGUAAAGAAAGUAAUAAUAAUAAAAUUAAUUUUUUGAGAGAAAAAAAAAAACUAAUUUUUUCACUGCAGCAAAUCGGUAGUUAUUGAGGCUCCUCGUUCGCCGAUUGACGGACGCAACAGGCCAAGGCUUUGCCAACGCUAAAGCAAAUCAGAUCUUUCUUCUCUCUUUCUCUCUGCAUCGAAUUAAGCAAAAUUAGAAACGAACAGAGAGCGAUACUUUGGGCAGAGAACCCUAUUCGAUCACGAGAUCGUCGCAACGUUUCUCGUAAUCAGAACCGCGAAGAAUUCAGCAGAAUCGGAGUUUGCGAGCCGUGACGGUAGAAAUGCUCAAAGACGGAGAAGAGACUCCUUCUAGGCAUGAGAUCCUGAGUAUGGUGAAAAAGCACUCAAAAUCGUUAGGAAAGACGACUCUUGAUGAGCAAGAUGCGUCAGAUGUAGAGAUGGACUCGAAUUUCUGGCAUGGAGUGUUUGAUGUGUAUUUCAUUCGCUGCAUAGAAUCAAGGAGGAGGCAAGACGAUGAUCUUCUAUUUUUUGUGAGGAAAUUGAGUUGUAAAUCAUAUGGUUUGACUGAAAAUGAGGAAGCACCAGCUCCUUACUUCGUGCGCAGGUGGGCACCUAAGUUGGAUGAGCUUCUUGGUGAAAGUCUGGCUGAAGUUGAUUGGAGGAAAUCAUUUUAUUUGAACAUGGUUGCUCACACGUCAUUCACUGUUACCGUAGCAAUUUGCAGUCAUAUCAUGCAGGUUGUAAAAACUGUAUAUGCAUCACCUAGUCGCGUGAAUUUUCAUCUGGACUCAAAGAAGGCAAGUUUAGAAGUGGAGACAACACCUGCCUACCCAGAAAUUUGUUUUGCCGUAGAUGAUUUUGACUCAACCUUUGAUGCUGUGGUUCUGACAGAGAAAGAUCAUUGCUAUUGCGUACUUCUUAAUUCUCAUGAUGGGGCAGCCUUUCCUAGUGAAAAUGGAAAAAUUGAUAAGGAUUCUACUGGUUCUAAUACAAAUACUGAUCCUAGAAGGGUGAAAGAUCCUAAGGUUACUCUGUUUUCUGGGUUUGUCAGCUAUCAAAUGGUUCGAGAAGCCUAUGAAGGGGGAAGGAACCGGUUCGGAAGUCUUCUAUCACUAGUUCAUCACACAGGAAAAGCAGACAGACUUUAUAUGAAAGGUCCAGGAGGACGUGGAGAAGUCGAAGUAGCUGUUUCUGGCGUUAUAGAUCAGAGCCAAGUAGUUUUAGGUCCUGUUUCACCAAUGUCUUCGAAGAAGAGCAUCGAUCUCGGCUCCAUUUUCCGUAAAGCAGCAUCUGUUGCAUCUGUCGCAGCUAAACAUGCAAUUGCAGCUGCUACAGCCUCAUACGAUGAAGACGAGAUGUUCCCUCUUAAGUGCUGUUUAAUGUCCAUCUCAUUACCGUGGGACACUAUUGCUCAUGAUCUCUUAUUUAAGGGAUCUCCACCAGUAAACAUGGAUUAGAACAUUGCAACUCAAAUUAGAAGAAGAAAUGAAAGUGCAGGAAACAGGAGUUGUGUGUUUUGUCCCAAAUGAGUUAUGUUCUUUGAUUGAAUUCUCCUUUUGUGCUGUGACUUGACUCUGGUUUUACUACAUAACAGUUUAUACCUCCAACAAUAAAUGAAAGUUAAGUUGUGAAUUUGGAAAAAUAAGUCUAAUGUAAACUCGAUCUACAUAUUUGGUCUGCCUCGUUCCAUCAAGAAAUC